AUGGAGACCUCUGUGAACAGUAGCGCUGAGGUUGGGAGAUCAAACAACCCGAUUGACACCAACCCUCUAGACAACGGGUUGAGCGACCCCAUCUGGUUGAUGGUAGACUUUGUUCUGUCAGUUGCUGUCAACCUCAUCUUGAGUUCCUGUGGUAUCGUCGCUAACAUCAUCAACGUCGUUGUCUUCGUCAAACAGGUAGGAGGGCACCUGACCUUGUUCUGGGAGAGUAUCUGUGUCAACCCUUACCUGCAGAAGUCUGACAUACCUGUAGCAGUGCCUGAUUUGACGUAUCUGACUGCAGGUUACCUGGAGCUGUCAAUCAACCCAACAACCAACACAACCAUCUACGUCAGAGUCAGCUACAGCAACUCUGUUUUCCUCGAAAAUAUCGGGCUGGUUGUGUCUGCCUUUAUCAACGUCAUCUCCUACAUCUUCGACAUCCUCUUCACCAUCAUCAUCAUCCUACAGCUGCAGGUCAAAUCAAAAUGGCGCAGCCAGGCCACAAGCAGCGGGGCAGGGAAGACAAAAUUAUCAACCAAGGACAGGAAAGUGAUUAAAAUGAUUCUGUUGAUUUCAGUUCUGUUUAUCGUCUGCACGUUCCUGAACUGCGUCAAAUUUCUGCAGGGCAUUAUCGACAACUUCAUCGCCACGGAGACCGAGGCUUUUAAAAGUAUUCGCGCCUUUUUCUUCCCGUGGUCGCUGGUGCUGACGUGUGAGCAGAUACUACACGCCUCUAACAUCUUCAUCUACUACAACAUGAGCGCCAACUACAAACUGCUCCUGGGAAAAUGUGUUCAGUCAUUUCUUGCUUUUAUAUUCAGGAGAAAUAAAAUAUAA